GUCGGCCUGGCCUGCCUGUCAUAGGCCAGGCCUAAAAAACGUGGCCUGUGCCUGUGACAGGCAGGCAGGCCCAGGCAGGCAGGCAGGCCUAGUGGCCUGGUUGGACCUCUGGUGGCUAAGGCAAUAAUCACACCCUGCCAUGCCAUUAUGGGUAAAUCAUAUUUCAAAAUGAGCAAAUCACAUGAUUUUAGCAAUCAUUUUAGGUUCGUAAGUAUAUUUGUAACUAUUUGGCGUGGCUAUUACUUAUGAAGUGUCCUAAUCAUGAUUUCAGUUGGUAUGUGAUCUGUCAUCGAUGGGCUUCUCCAACACAAGAAUUGGAUAAUAUACUUGGAACAAUUGAUAAUCAUUAAGCUAAGAUUCCUUCUGAAUCAGUGUUGAAUAAUACAGUCAAGUUGUUAUCAACCAAUGUUAUAGAUUUUAACAAGAAACCUUUCAAAUUUUUAGAAUAUCAAGCAAAACAACACUCUGAUUCGAUAUUAGAAUCUACUGUAUCUCCAGAAACCGAAAUUUAUGAUUCUCGUCAUCAUCAGAAAACAUUUAAUGAAUAA